AUGGACUUCCUAAGGCACUCCAAGAAGAGCGACGAUAUGCAUACCCAAGAUGAGAAGAGCCUGCGGCACAUGUCAUCUAACCAGGCUGAGGCCGAGGUAGGCCAGGCCACAGUCGCCGUGGCGCCUGAAGCAGGACUUUCAUUUGGCAACAUCCUUAAGGGCCAAUCUGCGCACUCUCUCACACCUUUUGAGAAGAAAGCGGCUCUGAUCAAUGCCGAACUCGACAAGUUUGGCAUGGGCAGGUACCAAUGGUGCAUCUGGUUCCUGUGCGGCUUCGGCUACUUCUUGGAUCUGGCCUGGUCGCAAGGUGUUGGCCUUAUUGCUUCAGCCAUCUACCAGGAGAUGAAUGUGCCUGAUCCCAGGCAGGGAGACAUUUUCGCUUGUGCAAACGCUGGUCUAGCCAUUGGUGCUUUUACCUUUGGUAUUCUGGUCGAUGUCAUCGGCCGUCGCUUGGCCUUUAAUCUCACAUGUCUGAUCACUUCGGUCUUUGGUCUGAUUUUGUACAACUAUGGAGCCAUUUGCGGCAUCUACUUCCUCUCCUCGCUAGGUCUCGGCGGCAACAUCCCCAUCGAUGCCACUAUCGCUCUCGAGUUUCUCCCGCAGAACCGCCGCUUCCUCGUCGCUCUUCUUUCUCUAUGGCAGCCCAUCGGCGUUGUCGUCGCAUCCGCCAUCACAUAUGGCACCGCCGCAAGACCCAAGUGGCGUUGCGAUAUAAAUCUGCCCGCUUGUGGUACUGGCCAAAGGCCUUGUUGCACGCCCGAUAGCAACAUGGGUUGGAGAUAUACGCUCAUCAUUCUCGGGGGCAUGACCUUGGUUGUCUUCUGCUUGCGAUACUUUGUCUUUACUUUCCAGGAGUCGCCCAAGUUCCUGCUCAGCAGAGGAAGAGACGUCGAGGCCAUCGAGGUCCUUCACAAGAUUGCCAAGUUCAACAGAGCCCCUCCACCAGUCUUGACUGUUGCUCACCUCGCUGCCGUUGAUGAAACUUCUUCGUUGGCUACUGACGAGCUCGAAGUUGCUGGCCGCCCUCUUACCACCAUGGAGACCCUCAAGGGUGUCCUGAAGAAUACGGCCAACAGCUUCAAGCACCUUAAAGCUCUUUUCACCAACAAGCUGCAGGUCUUCAUCUUCGUUCUCUUGGCCAUCGCCUAUAUGGGUGAUUACUGGUCCUUCAACCUUGCCGGUCAAUUCUUGCCUUUGAUCCUUCUCCGAAACGAAGUCAGCGCAUCUGGUUCCGUCACCGAGACCUACCUGCAUUACAUCUACAUUUAUACCCCUGGUAUCCUCGGUGCUGUCAUUGCUAUGACAUCUGUCCAAUUGCCUCUUGUUGGCAGAAAAUGGUCGCUUGUCUUCUCUGCCCUUUGUCAGGGUAUUGCUAUGGCCAUGUAUACUCAAGUCACCAACACGGCUGGCUACGUCGGUCUCAACGCCUUCGAAUACAUCAUGCAGACUUUGUUCGACACCGCCUACCGUGGCAGUGCCAGUGGAAUGCUGUCUUGCUUGGGCCGCAUCGCUGGUAUCGUUGCUCCGUUCGCCGGAGCAAGUUUGCUGNCCGACCAAAGUUCGGGUAUCCUCUGGCUUGGUGCUGGUGGCAUCUGGCUUUCCGCAAUCACCAUGGUCUUCCUCCCUGUCGAGAUGAGGGAUCGCCAGAUGUUCUAG